UUCCACCUGGCUGCUUUGAUGUCUAGGCUUUGAAGUCUAGAGGGAUGCCUGGGCCUCUCCUGUUCUCUGUAGCCCACAGGUGCCCUCUGCUGCCUGAGGGUCACCCCCGCUAUCAGGUCGGGAGGAGGGCCCCGUGCUCCACCCCUCUCCAGUGUUUUUGUACCCCAUAUGAAUUUUGAGCCGGAAGUUCUCCCCAAGUUCUGGCCUUACCCUCUCCCGGUAAGCGACUUAACUUGGCCUGUCAGGAAGACGCUUGGAGUCCACUUUUUCCUAGAGAGGCAGGGUGAAUGUCCAGUAGGGGUAGGCAGGACAUUCUGUAACUCACCAGGACUUGGCCAGUUUACCCAAUACUGGCUUUGUAACUUUGGGCAAGCCCUGGAACUUCUUUGGAGCCUCAUUUCCUAAUCUAUAUCCUGGGGUGAUGAUUUUUCACCUUCAGGCAGAUUGAGAUAAAAGGAAUAAGUUGCCCAGCACUGGGCUUGGCAUGUAGUAGGUGCUCAAAUUAAUGACACCCAAUCUCAGCCCUGGACACAGGACCUAGGAAUGCCUGCCAAACCCCAGACCCUCGACCCUCAUCUGUGUGUAUGCUGGCAGGAUGGGUGGAAAGCUCCCAUUCUCUAGGCCAGGGAAGUUGCCUGGCAGCCAGGACCUCAGGCUGCCACCUUUAUAAAGCCAAGGAAUCCUUGGGCCCUCGGACUAGAAUCUUCCCCACCACCCUGCUCCUGAGAGAUGUGGGCCCAGGGAGAGAAAUAGGAUUUUCUCGAAGAAAAGUGGGUAAGGACUUUCUGGAGGAGGUCAGGGACUGGUCUUCCAGCUUCCAACUGCCCCUUUCCGCUCUGUGGGUGGGGCGGUUUGUGGCUUGUCCCUCCCAGGGAGAGGGGCGGCAAGAGGCAGAGAGACUCAGGAAGAGAUGAAGACUCAGAGGGCGGAUGUGGUGGAGGUAGACCGGAGCCUCAGGAGACGGAGACGGACCUGUGAGCAGCGAGAGGGACAGGAGAGACGCAAAGAUCGACCUGUCCGCAAGGCGGGCCAGGCUAGAGGACUCGAACACCCUGACUAGGCGUGGCCGGGAAGGGGGCGGGUCCCUGGGAAGGGGGCGUGUCCCUGCCCCCUUCCCGGUCCUCCCCUCCCCCGGGCGUCACGUGGGGCGGGCGGAAGCGCCCGGCAGGGUGGGCGCGCCCGGCCUGUGGCCGCGACUUGGCUGCACCAGCGUCAGUGGUGGCCCCGGGACCCCGGGUCCCCGCGUCCCCGCGUGGAGUCUUCGCUCAGAACAGGUCUGGACAGAGUCCUGCUGGCUGGCUUCUGCUGACAGGAACAAUGGCAGAGGCCGGGGAUGGGGCCCUAUCGGUGGCCGAGUGGCUGCGGGCACUGCACCUGGAGCAGUACACGAGGCUCUUUGAGCAGCACGGACUGGUGUGGGCCACAGAGUGCCAAGGCCUCAGCGAUGCCCGCCUGGUGGACAUGGGCAUGCUGCUCCCCGGCCACCGCCGCCGCAUCCUGGCUGGCCUGCUCCGUGCCCACACGCCCCCAGCCCCUGCACCCCGCCUCACCCCACGGCCCGUGCCCAUGAAGCGUCAUGUCUUCCGCUCACCACCUGUGCCCACCACUCCACCGGAGCCACUGCCCAUGGCUGGAGAGGAUGAGGGGCUACCCACUGCCCCACCCAUCCCGCCCCGGAGGAACUGCCUUCCACCCACCUGCUUCUCCCCCCCAUCCACGUCUGCCCCAGACCCUGUGCUGCCCCCGCUGCCUGCCAAGCGGCAUUUGACAGAGCUCAGCGUUCCGCCUGUGCCCCCUCGCACUGGGCCCCCCCGCCUGCUGGUGAGCCUUCCUGCCAAGGAAGAAGAGUUACUGUCACCGCCACCAUCAUUCCCUCCCCAGCCAGAGCCUGAGGAGCCCCCGGCCAUCUUCCCCCGGGGGCCUCCCCAGCCCCCAUCUCCACCUCCCAGCCCCCCAGAGAUUCCCCCGAAGCCUCUCUGCGUGCUCCCAGAGUUUGAUGACCCUGACUACGAUGAGCUCCCAGAGGAGGGGCCGAGGGCCCCAGCUGCCGUGAUGACCAAGAAGGAGGACCCCCCAGUGAGCCAAGUCCCGCGGGCCGUGCGUGUGGCCAGUCUGCUGAGCGAGGGGGAGGAGCUGUCUGGGGACGACCAAGGGGAUGAAGCUGAGGAUGGCCACGCCUACGAGGACAUCCCCAAUGGUGGAUGGCACACUAGCAGCCUGAGCUCAUCCUUGCCCAGCAGCCUCCUGAUUCCUGAUCCCCGACCGCACCCCAUGGACGGGCUGCCUGUGGGCCCCACUCCCAGCCCACCGGUCAUCAAGGCUGGCUGGCUGGACAAGAACCCACCGCAAGGAUCUUAUAUCUAUCAGAAGCGAUGGGUGAGACUGGAUACCGAUCACCUACGAUACUUUGAUAGUAACAAGGAUGCCUACUCAAAGCGCUUUGUCCCUGUGGCCUGCAUCUCCCGAGUGGCUGCUAUUGGGGACCAAAAGUUUGAAGUGAUCACGAAUAACCGGACCUUUGCCUUCCGGGCGGAGAGUGAUGCGGAGCGGAAGGAGUGGAUGCAGGCCCUGCAGCAGGCGGUGGCUGAGCAGCGUGCUCGGGCCCGACUGUCUAGUGCUCAUCCGUUGGGAGUUCAAGGCUCAGAGCCCCCUGACCGCGCCGGCAGCCUGGAGCUACGUGGCUUCAAGAAUAAACUCUAUGUGGCCGUGGUUGGGGACAAAGUGCAGCUUUACAAGAAUCUGGAGGAGUACCACCUGGGCAUCGGCAUCACCUUCAUCGACAUGAGCGUGGGCAAUGUGAAGGAAGCAGCAGACCGACGCGGCUUCGACCUCACCACCCCCUACCGCAUCUUCAGGCCCUGGAAUGCCCUGUGUGCCCUCCUGUCACUUCACACGUGCUGUUCCCUCUGUCUAGGACACCUUUCUACCUCUUCACCUGGCUUCUUGGCCGAAUCGGAGCUGGAGAAGGAGCAGUGGCUGGAGGCCAUGCAGAGAGCCAUUGCCGAGGCCCUGUCUACCUGGGAGGUGGCUGAGCGCAUCUGGGCCAUGGCCCCCAACAGAUUCUGUGCUGACUGUGGAGCUGCCCAGCCUGACUGGGCCUCCAUCAACCUCUGCGUUGUCAUCUGCAAGCGCUGUGCAGGGGAGCACCGUGGCCUGGGCGCUGGUAUCUCCAAGGUGCGGAGCCUGAAGAUGGACAGGAAGGUGUGGACGGAAACACUCAUCGAGCUCUUCUUACAGCUGGGCAAUGCUGCUGGGAACCGCUUCUGGGCAGCCAACGUGCCGCCCAGUGAGGCUCUGCAGCCCAGCAGCAGCCCUGGUGCCCGGCGGUGCCACCUAGAGGCCAAAUACCGGGAGGGCAAGUACCGACGCUACCAUCCGCUCUUUGGCAACCAGGAGGAGCUGGACAAGGCCCUGUGUGCCGCAGUCACAACCUCAGACCUGGCUGAGACCCAGGCGCUCCUGGGCUGCGGGGCUGGGGUCAACUGCUUCUCGGGGGACCCUGAAGUCCCCACGCCCCUGGCUCUCGCUGAGCAGGCGGGACAGACACUGCAGAUGGAAUUCCUUCGAAACAACCGGACCACAGAGGUACCUCGGCUGGAUUCAGUGAGGCCCCCGGAAAAGCACUACUCAGUUGUCCUGCCAACCGUGAGCCACAGCGGCUUCCUCUACAAGACCGCUUCCGCCGGGAAGCUGCUACAGGACCGCCGGGCCCGGGAAGAAUUCAGCCGACGCUGGUGUGUGCUUAGCGACGGGGUCCUGAGCUACUAUGAGAAUGAGCGGGCAGUGACCCCCAACGGGGAGAUUCGGGCCAGCGAGAUUGUGUGUCUGGCAGUGCCCACUCCCAACACCCAUGGUUUUGAGCACACCUUUGAGGUGUACACAGAAGGAGAACGGCUGUACCUGUUUGGGCUGGAGAGCGCAGAGCUGGCUCGUGAGUGGGUCAAGUGCAUUGCUAAGGCGUUCGUGCCUCCCCCGGCUGAGGACCUGCUGGCCCGGGAUUUUGAGAGGCUUGGGCGCCUACCCUACAAAGCUGGCCUGAGCCUACAGCGGGCCCAGGAGGGCUGGUUUGCCCUCCUCGGCUCCGAGCUCCAUGCUGUCUUCCCAGAGGGGCCCUGCGAGGAGCCGCUGCAGCUUCGGAAACUACAGGAGCUUUCCGUCCAAGGGGACAGCGAGAACCAGGUGCUGGUGCUGGUGGAGCGACGGAGGACGCUGUACAUCCAGGGGGAGCGGCGGCUGGACUUCACGGGCUGGCUGGGGGCCAUCCAGAAAGCAGCGGCCAGCUCAGGGGACACGCUGUCGGAGCAGCAGCUUGGAGACUCGGAUAUCCCGGUGAUUGUGUACCGCUGUGUGGACUACAUCACCCAGUGCGGCCUGACGUCGGAGGGCAUCUACCGCAAGUGUGGGCAGACAUCAAAGACACAGCGGCUGCUGGAGAGCCUGCGGCUGGACGCUCGCUCUGUGCGCCUCAAGGAGGGCGAGCAGCACGUGGACGACGUCUCCUCGGCGCUCAAGCGCUUCCUGCGAGAUCUGCCCGAUGGGCUCUUCACUAGAGUCCAGCGCCUAGCCUGGCUGGAGGCCUCAGAGAUUGAGGAUGAAGAGGAGAAGGUCUCCAGGUACCGAGAGCUACUGGUGCGUCUGCCCCCAGUCAACCGGGCCACGGUGAAGGCCCUUAUCAGCCACUUGUACUGUGUCCAGUGCUUCUCAGACACGAACCAGAUGAACACGCACAACCUGGCCAUUGUGUUUGGGCCCACGCUCUUCCAGACAGAUGGGCAGGACUACAAGGCCGGCCGCGUGGUGGAAGACCUCAUCAGCCACUAUGUGAUGGUGUUUAGUGUGGACGAGGAGGAGCUGAGGAAGCAGCGGGAAGAGAUCACUGCCAUUGUGAAGAUGCGUGUGGCUGGCACUGCUAGUGGGACUCAGCACGCCGGCGACUUCAUCUGCACUGUGUACCUGGAGGAAAAGAAGGCGGAGACAGAGCAACAUGUCAAGAUCCCAGCAUCCAUGACAGCUGAGGAGCUCACCCUGGAGAUCUUGGAUCGCAGGAAUGUGGGCAUCAGGGAGAAGGACUAUUGGACCUGCUUCGAGGUCAACGAGAGGGAGGAGGCAGAGCGCCCCCUGCACUUUGCGGAGAAGGUGCUGCCCAUCCUGCAUGGGCUGGGCAUGGACAGCUACCUGGUGGUGAAGAAGCACCAGUCCAUGGAGGCCAUGCUGCUGUACCUAGCCAGCCAUGUGGGUGAAACCAAGCACGGCAUGAUGAAGUUCCGAGAGGACCGCAGCCUCCUGGGCCUGGGCCUGCCCUCAGGGGGCUUCCACGAUCGCUACUUCAUCCUCAACAGCAGCUGCCUGCGGCUCUACAAGGAGGUCCGGAGCCAGAGGCCGUGGAGCGGGGCCCCUGAGACCAGUCACCGGCCUGAGAAGGAGUGGCCCGUCAGGAGUCUCAAAAUCUACCUGGGAGUGAAGAAGAAACUCCGGCCACCCACCUGCUGGGGCUUCACGGUGGUGCACGAGACGGAGAAACACGAGAAGCAGCAGUGGUACCUGUGCUGUGAGACGCAGAUGGAGCUCCGGGAGUGGUUCGCCACUUUCCUCUUCAUGCAGCACGACGGCCUGGUGUGGCCCUCAGAGCCCUCACGCGUGUCCCGGGCGGUGCCUGAGGUCCGGCUGGGCAGUGUUUCGCUGAUCCCCCUGCGCGGCAGUGAGAAUGAGAUGCGCCGGAGCGUGGCUGCCUUUACUGCGGACCCCCUUUCUCUCCUCCGAAACGUCUGAUCGCAGGUGGGACUCUGCCACCGUGAAGCCUUCGUGGGCAGACACCCUCAUGCCCUGCGUGCCUGGUGUGAGCCAGCAGGGGGCACAUGAGGAAGCCGCACCCCCAGACCCCUCAUCCUGACUUCAGCCUGGGGUUCCCUGGCCAGGACGUGGGGGGCAGGCAGCAGGGUCUGCCUGAGGAGGAAUCCCUUACCUGCUCUGUCCAGGUGCUCAGCCCUCCUGGCCUGGCCUGCUCCCCCGCUGGGUCACACACCCUGAGUUUAAGGGGUUGGAGAGAUGGGCAUCAGUGAGGCACUCUGGCGGACUGCCAUCCUUUCAGAGGCUCAAGGCCCUGGGGCCCCCGCUGGAAGGGAGCCCACCCCAUUGCCACAGACUCCAGAACAGCUCUAAAGGAACACUCAGCUGGGGUGGGGAGGGAGCUCUUGGGUAAAUGUAUACAGGGCUGAGAACUGGACUUGGGGGACUUUAGCCCCCCUUCUGGUCUGGGCUUACUGGGAGGGCCUAGGCUGCCCGGUGCCCCUUCCCCACUUUGGGGACCUUUUGAUAAUAUAAAUAUAUCUGUAUAUUUUA